GAGAGAGAGUUAGUGGGUGUUGGAUGGCAUGAAAUGUUGCCCAGUAUUGUUGGUGACAGUAAUGUUGGAUGUCCUGCUCUUCUCUACACACUCUUAAGGUCAAUUGUUUUGAAAAGCAUGAUGGAGGAAGCUGACCUGCUGAAAGAACGUCUGCAGGCCAUCACGGACAAAAGGAGGGUGCAGGAAGACAUUGCCAGGAAAAGAGGACAGAUCGAGGAAGAAAAACUCAAACUGCAGUACAUCAAGAAGAAGACCCUGAGGGAGCAAUGGCUGAUGGAUGGUGUGAGUCCACAGUCCAGAGAGGAAGAGGAGGCGAGCAGGCUGCAGGCGCAGGAUGAGCAGCAGCAAAGUCAGCGGCUGCAGACUCACAUUGACAGGAUGGAGAAGGAGAUGGAGGCCUUAGAAGCGGAGGAGCUCAACAUCUCCACCAAAGAGGACUUUGUGCUGAAGAGACUAAAAGAGGUGGAGAGGACUGCCCAGGACAUCAUCAGGAAAGCUAUUUCAGAGAAGCAGGAAUCAGACGAGCAAGAACUGCAAGGUUUCAGCAGUACUGAGAAGAACAGGUUUGACCACGUCACCAUGGAAACCACUGAUCUACCAGAAUUGGAAAUGGGGAGCGAGGAGGACGUGACUGCGCCUGAUUCACCUGAGAAAGAUAUCAUUUUUAACGUCGACAGUGAAGAAGUUUGUAUAGAUACUGACUCGCCGGAUUUCAAUGAUCAACCAAGUUCUGGGAAAUUGUCAACCAGCCCUGGAUGCCCCGAGACCAGCGUUUGCCAUGACUUAGACUUCAAUGAGGAACAGGAAGUCGUAACGCUUGAAGAAGGACAUAUCGAGCUCCAAAGAAAUGAGUCAAUGGCUUCUUCAGUGUCGGACACACUCUCCAGUGCUGAGAGUGUUUAUGAGAAUGAGGCUUCGUGUAAGAGGCAAGAAACAACAAAACAAGAACCGGAGCACGAUUUAGAACCGUAUUCUGAACCAAAGGACGACCCCAACCCAGAGAGUCUCCACGAAACAGAGGAAGAGGUAGAGCAAGACACAGACUUGGACCAUUACCCGGAUCCACUCCUUUUCCCAGAUGAGGAAUAUGAACCUCAUCUUUGCGAUGAUGACUUCCAAAAUUUGGAAGUAGAUGCAGAGGAAGACCCCGAAAUCCUUUGUGAGAGUCCCCUUCCGGAGGAAUCAACGCUGGCACAGAGCGCUGAAGAAGAGGUUCUCAGCCAGUCCUGUGAUUAUCUUGACCCCGAUGAGGUCGAUGAAUGCCUCAGUGUUGAGAUUGCAGCAACUUCAUCGAAUAGUGAGGCAAAUGAAAAAUGGAGAACGAUCUUUUCCUCCUCUAUAAACAAAGAAGAUGAUGACUCCUAUUUGGACAGUCUUCAGUUGAGUGCACAGGAGCUCUUUGUACAAAAAGUUGAGGUGAUUGACUUUGAAGAUGAAGAAACAAACCACUACGACGAAGUCCAAUUUCCGGUUCCGCAAGUUGAAGAAGUGCUUGAACAACCAGACUCUGCUUUGUUAUCCACCUCUCCACAAGAAGGGAAAUGCAUCUCAUUAGGCCCGCAAGUUCUGUUCAAAAUCUCCGAAGAUGAAAACGAAAAUGGGAAAGAGGACAGUAAUCGUUGCAGCGCUCAGGGACAGAACUCCAUGCCGGAUCCAAACAGAAAACUGCCCAAAGAUUUCUGUGUGAUACAAGAAACAAAGAGUGUCAACGUCAGCACAGAACACGUCGACUUCCAACUGGCUCGACAACAAUGGCGGGCCAUGGAAGAACAGACCAAAAACAAAGUCGUCUUACCGACAACCAAGCAGACCAGCUUCCACUGCAGCCACAACUGCAUGUACACACCAGUCCGGAACAUUGAAAGAACAAAGAGGACAUCUCAGGAGCUGGAAAACCUGACUCUUGUCGGAGAUUAUUCACAAUACAGCCCGUGCUCCGAAGAUUCCGGCUUGGAUGAUUCCAGCUACAGAUCUCCUAAUGAUGACCUCGAAACACCUGUGGAAAAAGAGAUACGCCUGUCGAUGGAAAGAGAGGAGAAUUUUAGGAAAGAGAGGAGUCUGUCCAGGAUGGGCAAGUCUACGGACACUCUGAUUAGCACUCCGAUGCGAGGCAUCCCAAGAUCCAUCAGCACUCCUUUGACCCCGUCCUUUAUCAUUACGUCCUCACCCACAAAGGAACCGAUGAAACAAGACGCCUCACCAACAAAUAUCAUCAUUCUGGACCAGAGCAGUGAUGUCAACUCCAGCCCGGGAUGUGGGGAAUGGUGCUGUGAGGACAGCAGCUCCAACGUCAUCAUUUUGGAGACGUCCAAUCUGAUUAUUCGCAGCGCUUCAGAUUUCUCCCUCAACAAAGCCUGUGAGCCCCUAGAGAAAAUGUUCACCAGCAACCCUUUCUUCAAGUUGCGCUCAAGAAGCACCAUGUCGCUGGUGGACGAGGAGAUCAUGAUUGUGAAGCAGAGGGAGGAGGAACUCAGGAAGGAGAGGGCUAACCUGUACAGCAAAGGGAGGAUGUUGGCCAACAACUUGGCCACUUUGUCCUUGGACUUUCCAGUCAAGUGCAAGUCCUCGCCGUCAUCGCCAAUGAAAACAGCCAAGAUGGAUCGAUCUACUUUGUCCUGUGAUCACAGAUUCCUAGAUGGUUUCAGCGGUGGACGACGCAAGAGUGCCAUGGCCCUGCGCUGGGAGGCAGGGGAGUUUACCAAAAAUGACUAAGAGUGAAAUAAUCUGCCGUGAAUAUUUUGUCCGUGUUGCAAACAUUUCUGCCAAUGCUUACCAAAUGUGGUGAAUCAGUGUUUGAUUGUUGCUUGAACGUGUUUGUGGCUGCAUUCUAUUCCAAGUCUGGAACUAUCAAACCAGGAACAACUCAAGGGUGUGCAAUGUUUACAGAAAAUAGUCCAAUGAAGCACUUUUCACAUGUUUCAUUGUGAUGAGCUUUCCACUGGUGUGAUAAGAAGCGCGUGUAACACCUCAGUGUUUUUGGUGUCUGCUGUACAUAAGUCCGCUGAUCUAAGGAACUAAAUCCAGAGCCUCGCGUACCAAAAUGCUCGCAACGGAGAAAUGCAAAUAAAGGUUUGUGCAUCCUGAGCAGGGCAGGGGUCUCAAACACAGUAAAUGUUCAAUCUAUCAAUCCCACUAAUGAUGCAAACUCACUCUGGGAAACUUCAGAUAGGCAAUCAGAAUCUUUGAUCAUCUCCGGGGGAUUUCAAACUUCAAAUGUUUACAUUGCGCUUUACAUUCAUGACUAAAGACCUACCAUUGAGCGGGUUGGCCAUUGUUUGACUUUGGACCAUUCCGGUUCCUCGUUUGGAUUCCGAUUCCCGACGGCUCUUGAGUCCGAUUCUUUCAAAGUAGCAGCAGAGUGGACUAGCAAGUUUCCUCCAUAUUGAAGCUGUUAUCAUAUUUAUCGGAUUUAUUAAAGACUUACAAAGUUGGCGAAUAAAUAAAUGUGAUCAAAAUAGUAUCAAUCUCACGGAGAUUCCCAGUCGCAUCUUGUAGAGGAGGAACCACAGGUCGCUUCUCCACCAACAACAAUGCUAACAAGCAGACUUUGUGAGAGCCAACGACGAUUACUUUGGGAAAAAUGACGAUCCAGAAACGUAUAUUUUUGAGCCCGAACACUAUGAGGAUGAGCAAUACGUUUUAGAAGCCGAGUUUCAUGGUGACACUAUAGCAUUAGCAUCAAUGCUAGGUGCUAAACAUAAAAACUAACCAUAACAAAACAAACACACACUGUAAUAUUUCCACUCUCGCUGGGAUGUCAACCGACGGGACGCUCACAUAAUUCUGUUUAGAUGAAGAUUCAAUCACAAUCCUCACAAAGGGUUCAAAAAAAGUUUGUGCAGGAAGUGUAUUUGUGUGUCUAUUUUGCCAUCUUGGGGAUGUGAAAGUGGACCAGCCUGUGGGUCCAUGGCCACAUUUGUGAGAGAUGCAUGAAUUAUAAUCUAAAAUGUACUUUUAGCAAGUUUGAGACCAAGCAGAAGCAGCCGUCGUCUUAUAGUGUGUCGACAAUAGCAGCGUAAGCUAGCAUUAGCUCACUGCUAUCAAUGUGCCGCUAAAAUAGUCCGUCUGCGUAAGAAAUAAUUACAAUAUCACUCAUAUUUGGUUAUUUUUCAGGUCAGGACAUGUAAAUGGAGGAUUGUUGGAACUUUCUGGAUGUUUUUAGAGAGUAUAAUGAGAGGACCCUCCAUUUGUUAGAUCUUUAUUUGUACACACUGCAAGUAUAUAUACAGUAUAAUGUAGUAACAAACACCUUCAUAACAAUAUGUAAUAUGUACAAUAUACACACUGCAAGUAUAUAUAUAAUGUAGUAACAGACACCUUCAUAACAAUAUGUAAUAUGUACAAUAUACACACUGCAAGUAUAUAUAUAAUGUAGUAACAAACACCUUCAUAACAAUAUGUAAUAUGUACAAUAUACACACUGCAAGUAUAUAUAUAAUGUAGUAACAAACACCUUCAAAACAAUAUGUAAUAUGUACAAUAUACACACUGCAAGUAUAUAUAUAAUGUAGUAACAGACACCUUCAUAACAAUAUGUAAUAUGUACAAUAUACACACUGCAAGUAUAUAUAUAUAAUGUAGUAACAGACACCUUCAUAACAAUAUGUAAUAUGUACAAUAUACACACUGCAAGUAUAUAUAUAAUGUAGUAACAGACACCUUCAUAACAAUAUGUAAUAUGUACAA